AUGACGAACUCUCAAGAUAAAUCAGCUGUGACCGUCCCGCCUGUGGUCAAAAAGGUUGCGGAUCCAUUGUCCUUUGCCAAGGACUUUCUGGCUGGUGGGAUUUCAGCCGCUGUCUCCAAGACUGCCGUAGCACCCAUCGAACGUGUGAAGCUUCUACUACAAGUCCAACAUGUCAGUAAGCAGAUCACAGAAGACCAGCGCUACAAAGGCAUCGUAGACGCCUUGAUUCGUAUCCCCAAGGAGCAAGGCAUGGUUUCCUUUUGGCGUGGCAACCUCGCUAACGUCAUCAGGUAUUUCCCUACACAAGCCUUGAACUUCGCCUUCAAGGACAAGUACCAGCAAAUCUUCCUCGGUGGGGUGGACAAGAACACGCAGUUCUGGCGCUACUUCGCUGGUAACUUGGCUUCGGGUGGCGCCGCUGGAGCCACGUCGCUAUGCUUCGUCUACCCUCUGGACUUCGCAAGAACCCGUCUCGCUGCCGACGUCGGCAAAGGCGCAGGUAACCGCGAGUUCGCUGGCCUCGGCGACUGCCUGACCAAGGUCUUCAAAUCCGAUGGCUUGCUCGGCUUAUACAGAGGAUUCACCAUGUCAGUGCAAGGGAUUAUCAUCUACCGCGCGUCCUACUUCGGUUUCUACGACACGGCGCGUGGCAUGCUGCCUGAUCCUCAGAAUACUCCGCUCCUGAUCAGCUGGGCUAUCGCGCAGACAGUGACAACUGUUGCUGGUAUUAUUUCCUAUCCGUUCGACACUGUUCGUCGUCGUAUGAUGAUGCAGUCGGGGCGUGCGAAGGGAGAUGUGUUGUACAAGAACACUUUGCACUGCUGGGCGACUAUUGCUAAGCAAGAGGGUAGCUCAGCGUUCUUCAAGGGCGCUUUCUCCAAUGUCCUCCGAGGGACUGGAGGCGCUAUCGUCCUUGUCAUGUACGAUGAGAUUAAGAAGCUCCUGUAA